CUGCCAUCCUAGACUGGCUCAUUUCAUCAGAGUUCUCGAAACUGCAAGUGCUUGCAAGAAGAUAUGGGGGCAAAGGGGUCUUGGACCCAACUCCAGAAACUUCUCAACUGGUUGGUCGGAGAACAAGACUGGGACCAGCACCUGGACCAGCUUCACAUGCUGCAACAGAAGAGGAUUUGGGAGUCUCCACUGCUUAGAGCAGCCAAGGAAAAUGAUCUGUGUACCCUUAAGAGACUUCAGCUGGACCAGAACUGUGACUUCCAACAAAGAGGAGCCCUGGGGGAGACGGCUCUGCAUGUAGCAGCCCUCUAUGACAACCUGGAGGCUUCUAUGGUGCUGAUGGAGGCUGCUCCUAAUCUGGUUACAGAGCCCAUUCUGUGUGAGCCAUUUGUAGGUCAGACUGCACUGCACAUUGCAGUUAUGAAUCAGAAUGUAAACCUGGUACGCACUCUGCUUGCGCGUGAGGCCAGUGUCUCAGCCAGAGCUACAGGUUCUGCCUUCCACCACAGUCCCCACAACCUCAUCUACUAUGGAGAAUACCCUUUGUCCUUUGCUGCCUGUGUGGGCAGUGAGGAGAUUGUGAGACUGCUCAUUGAACAUGGAGCUGACAUCCGGGCGCAGGACUCCCUGGGAAACACAGUCCUGCACAUCCUCAUUCUGCAGCCCAAUAAAACCUUUGCCUGCCAGAUGUACAACUUGCUGCUGUCCUAUGAUGGAGGGGACCACCUGAAGUCCCUGGAACUUGUUCCCAACCAUGAGGGACUCACCCCCUUCAAGAUGGCUGGUGUGGAAGGCAACACCGUGAUGUUUCAACACCUGAUGCAGAAGCGGAAGCAUAUUCAGUGGUCAUAUGGGCCCCUGACAUCCACCCUCUACGACCUCACGGAGAUAGACUCCUGGGGAGAGGAGCUGUCCUUUCUGGAACUUGUGGUUUCCUCCAAGAAGCGGGAGGCGCGUCAGAUCCUAGAACAGACCCCAGUGAAAGAGCUGGUGAGCCUGAAGUGGAAGAAAUAUGGGCGACCCUACUUCUGUCUCUUGGGCGCCUUAUACAUUCUCUACAUGAUCUGCUUCACCACAUGCUGCGUCUACCGCCCCCUCAAGUUCUGUGAUGGCAACUCCACAAAUUCUCAAGAUAGCAUCAUCAUGGAGGAGAAACCACUACAGGAGGCAUAUGUGACUUAUCAGGAUAACGUCCGACUGGUAGGAGAGCUGGUGACAGUCAUUGGGGCUGUAAUUAUCCUGCUCCUAGAGAUCCCGGGCAUCUUCAGAGUUGGUGUCUCUCGCUAUUUUGGACAGACAGUCCUCGGGGGACCAUUCCAUGUCAUCAUCAUCAUCUAUGCCUCCCUUGUGCUGGUGACCAUGGUUAUGCGACUCACCAGUAUGAAUGGGGAAUUGGUGCCCAUGUCCAUGGCCCUGGUGCUAGGCUGGUGCAGUGUCAUGUACUUCGCCCGAGGAUUCCAGAUGCUAGGCCCUUUCACCAUCAUGAUUCACAAGAUGAUUUUUGGAGACCUAAUGCGUUUCUGCUGGCUGAUGGCUAUAGUCAUCCUGGGAUUUGCCUCAGCAUUCUACAUCAUCUUCCAGACAGAGAACCCUGAGAGUCUGGGGGAAUUUUCCAACUAUCCAUUGGCACUGUUCAGCACCUUUGAGCUCUUCCUCACCAUCAUCGAUGGUCCUGCCAACUACAGUGUGGAUCUGCCCUUCAUGUACAGCCUCACCUAUUCUGCCUUUGCCAUCAUCGCCACACUGCUCAUGCUCAACUUGUUCAUUGCUAUGAUGGGCGACACUCACUGGCGAGUGGCCCAGGAGCGGGAUGAGCUGUGGAGGGCCCAGGUUGUGGCCACCACAGUGAUGCUGGAGAGGAAGAUGCCUCGCUUCCUGUGGCCUCGCUCAGGCAUUUGUGGUUCUGAGUAUGGCCUGGGGGACCGCUGGUUCUUGCGGUGAAACCACCAUGACCAGAAUCCUUACCGGGUGCUUCGCUAUGUGGAGGCUUUCAAAUCUUCAGACAAGGAGGAGGUACAGGAGCAGCUUUCUGAGAAGCAGCCCUCUGGAACUGAGGCUGGGACUCUACCCAGGGGCUCUGUGGCCCUCCAAACACCCUCUCUGUCCCGGACCACAUCCCAAAGCAGCAGUCACCGUGGCUGGGAAAUUCUCCGUCGAAACACCCUAGGACACUUAAAUCUUGGAUUAGACCUUGGUGAGGGGGAUGAAGAGGAGAUCUACCAAUUCUAAUGAGGAUCUCUGUUACUUUGGACCAAGCCCCAGGUGGGCCUGGGUGUG